AUUUAUUUAUUAUUAUACAGUCCCACAGCUUGCUUCACAUGACAAUGAAGCGCAUUGUCACAAACAACCCCGAAACCCCUGAAGUUCCUGCAGACCUUGACAUGGCCGUGGACUCCAGGUUUUUCCCAUCGGACUGGAAUUUAGUUGCAUAACAAGUCGCACUGCGUUCACCCCGCCUCCCACUUCCAUUUUAAAUGGGCGGUGAUAAGGCUGAUGAUGUCCUUUGCUUUCCAGGAUUUUGGUACCUUGAUGUGUGUGCCACGUUUUACAGAGAAAGAUAGUGAAAGCGAGGAGGGGGGGGCGGAGCAGAAGCAGAUGGAAAGUUGAGGAACUGAGGGUGGUGAUGAAGGUAGAGGGUGAGUCUGAGGAAGAAGGGAGGGGGUUGAGAAGCAAGUGCAUGUGAGCGAGCGAGAGGGUGAGAGAGACAGGAAGAGGAAGUCAGUGAGAGAGGGAGAGGGAGGCUUUAAAAGAGCGAGAGAAAGGGAUAGACACACAAUUGUGUUGCUGCUGAGAUGUCUGCACAAAGAGUCAUGAAGGAGAAGAACCUGUGGCACAAGUCCGGGAUUGUGAUUGUGGCGGUGAUUGCCGUGGUCGCCGUGGUCGCCCUGGUGGUGGUUUUGGUGGUCCAGAACAUGCCCCUGCCACAAAAGUACAAGUACGGGAUUGUACUGGACGCCGGCUCGUCGCACACGACUGUCUUCAUUUACGAGUGGCCCGCCGAGAAGGACAACAACACGGGACGAGCUGAGCAGAAACACUCCUGCAAUGUCAAGGGUCCAGGUAUCUCCAGCUACGCGGGGACGCCGUGGAAGGCCGGCCAGGCCUUGCGGGAGUGCAUGCGGGAGGCCGAGAAGAACAUUCCCGAGAAGCGACACGCCCAGACGCCCCUCUACUUGGGAGCCACCGCCGGGAUGAGAUUGCUCGAUUUACAGAACAGAUCGGCAUCCGAUGAGGUGUUCCGGGCCGUGUCGGAGACCCUGCAGACCUUCCCGUUCUCCUACCAGGGCGCCAGGAUCCUCAGCGGCCAGGAGGAGGGCGCCUUCGGCUGGGUCACUGUCAACUACUUGGACGACCGCCUCAAACAGGGUCUGAAGACCACAGGGGCCCUGGAUCUGGGCGGGGCGUCCACCCAGAUCAGCUUUGUGUCCAAAAUGUUUGACGGCAGCGAGUCGCCAGGGAACUCGGUGACCUUCCGGCUAUACGGAAACGACUACAACCUUUACACACACAGCUUCCUGUGCUACGGGAAGGAUCAGGCCCUCAAAAUGGCGCUGGCGCACCAAACUCAGUCAGGUCCCCCAGCAAUAAAGGACCCGUGCUUCCACCCUGAAUACGUCGAAACCAAGGAGUACUCGAAGCUCUAUGACAGUCCCUGUGUGUCGGACAGGAAGCCUCAAGGAGCCCCCGCGUUUUUCCAGCACACGGGAAUAGGAAACUUCCAACAAUGUCAGGACGUAGUCCGGAGCCUCUUCAACUUCAGCCAAUGCAAAUAUAGCCAAUGCUCCUUGAACGGGGUCUACCAGCCACCUCUGCAGGGGGCUUUUGGGGCGUUCUCGGCUUACUACUACAUCAUGGACUUCUUCAACCUCACAGACACGUCCAUCCAUUUGGACACAGUCAAGGAAAAGAUCGCACGCUUUUGCGCCACACCCUGGCAACGGGUGAAGCAGCAGAAUCCAGGCAUCAAACUGAAGUAUUUGGUGGGGUACUGCUUUGCCGGCACCUACCUCCUCACGCUGCUGACGGAUGGAUACAACUUCACCUCCGAAACCUACUCCAACAUCAAAUUCAUACACAAGAUCAAAGGAAGUGACGCGGGCUGGACUCUGGGGUACAUGCUCAACCUGACCAACAUGAUUCCAGCCGAGGCUCCCAACGAACCGCCGCUGCCCUACGCCGGCUACGUGGCCGUUGUCAUGGUCAUCGUCAUCUUACUCGUGGUUCUCUUCUUGUUCAUCGCGCACGCCAUCAGGCCGAGCUGCUCCAAGCGGCCGCGCGUCGUAUAGCCGCACGCCCUUCAAAGGACUACGCAUGAACCUGUACAUGAAUAUAUGGCUGUACAAAUCAAAUAGCCCACCGUUUAUACACACACUGAUUCCUAAUAAGUAUUUUAAUCCGUUUGUUUAUUUUUUGGGCGGGGGGUAGAUCCAUUUAAUGUACAAAGCAGUAUUUGUGGCUGUGUUUUGAGCAGGUUAAGUGAGCCGUACAGGAUACAAAAGUUAAUUGCUUCAAGGGUGCAAAUGCUGCCCUCUUGUGUUCAAAUCCAUAUUGCACAUGAAAAACGAUGUGCCUUUGCAAAGUUAGUCACAGUGUUGGAUUUACACAACAAUGUUCCUCACUACCUCUUGUCGAAACUAGGCUGUAAAACUGACUUCGGUUGUUGGAAUAGUAAUUUUUUAUCAGCCACACUUUUAAGGAAAUGAUUUUGCACUUUGUUUCUGACUAAAGUAGACCUAUUUGGUUUAACAGUG